AUGUUCUUCUCACUGUCUCCUUCCAAUCUCCUCUUCUCACUAUUCUUUUUUUUUUUCUGACUUACUUUCUCGGAGAUAAUCUUCCUGUUUCCAGGAGUUUGAUUCCCCGGGAAAAAGCAAAAUUUAUUCACACUUUUAUCUAUUUACUGUUCAGAGAUCUGAAGAAACUCUUUUGGGAUACUGUUACAUGGCUGCUCCGGAUCGAAGUGAGGAUGUAAGUAGCAAUGUAGAGAAUGGAAGUUGCAAUUCAAAUGAAGGAACCAAUCAUGCUAAGGUUAGGAAGCCGUAUACGGUGUCUAAGCAGAGAGAGAAGUGGAGUGAGGAAGAGCAUGAGAGGUUCCUUGAUGCUAUACAGCUUUAUGGUCGUGCUUGGCGUCAAAUCCAAGAACAUAUAGGUACGAAAACAGCUAUUCAGAUCAGAAGCCAUGCUCAAAAGUUUUUCUACAAGGUGGCUCGUGAAGCUGACAUUGGUAGUGACGGCUCGAUUAUGAUCCCUCCUCCUCGUCCAAAGAGGAAACCGACGCAUCCUUAUCCUCGAAAAUCGCCUGUUCCAUACUCUCACUCUCCUUCCUCAGCUAUGGAGAAAGAAACAAAGUCUCCAACUUCUGUGCUAUCAGCGUUUGCUACAGAGGAUGAGGUCAAUCGAUGCUCCUCUCCUAACUCGUGUACAAGUGACAUCCAGUCCAUUGAUAAGAAGAAUGACUACGCAGUAUCCAAUCAGUCUUUUAAAGAGGAUGAUGCUGUAACCGGUUCAGCACCCAUCUCUAGCAUUAUGCUUUUUGGGAAGAUUGUGCUAGUUGCAGGAGGAUCUAACAAAACAUCUUCUUCCAGAGAGGGCGGUGCUAAUCAUAAAUCAAUGACGGGUCAAGAUUCUAGUCAUGUAGAUACUGUUUUAUCUCUAGGGGUAUGGGAAACGUCCUGUACCGGUUCUAAUGCAUAUGGCUCGGUCACCAAAGUUUCGGGGAACUUGGAGAAGAGCGCAGAACCCUGUUAUCCUGUAAAUGGGUUCAGACCAUACAAGAGAUGCUUGUCAGAAAGAGAAGUGACAUCCUCCUUGUCGUUGGUAGCUUCAGAAGAAGAGGGAAGCAGGAGAAGAGCACGUGUAUGCUCGUAGCGCAGGUGCAUGCCCUCUUUGUACAGUUGCUAAAAACCACAGUUUUAGGGUUGAUGUCGAUGAGUCAAAGGUUCCGACAUUGUUGGGAGACUCUGAGAACAACACUCGGUCGAACCAAACGCUAAUCCAUUUGGAUAUAUGAAUUUACUUGGUUGUAAUGAGGUUUCAUGCGCUGUCUGACAUUAAAAAAAAAAGACAGUUCCUUUUUUUCUUCAUCAACAAGUUUAUCUUCUCAACCACCUAAUUGUAACUCAGGCUUAAGUAUCGUUUCCAUCUUUUA